GAUAAUGUUUUUUCUUGAUCACUCUAUCUCUUUCUGCAGAUGGUGGGUGAGAAAAGAGCUUCCACAAAGGUCUUGUUGCUUCAUGCAAGAACUCGUUGACAGCUUCGUCUCUCAGAUCUGUGAAGACGACGUCUGGUCUAACACCACUCGCGUUGUAAACAGAGAUCAAGAAAACAGAAAGGGACAUAGUUGGAAGAUCUUUUCCAGCCCUUGGCACAGAUGGUGGUAGAGCCCUUUACAGCGUUGAAGAUCGCCUCGUUCCUAGCAGCCGUAGUUGGAGUGUUGGUGUACCUUUAUGCACCGAGUUGGGGUGUGAGACGAGUCCCCGGCCCUCCAGCAAUGCCCGUGGUCGGACACCUCCCAUUGCUCGCGAAGUAUGGCCCCGACGUGUUCUCUGUUCUUGCCAAGCGACACGGCCCCAUAUUCAGAUUCCAUAUGGGAAGACAGCCACUAGUAAUUGUAGCAAAUGCAGAGCUUUGCAGAGAAGUUGGGAUAAAAAAAUUCAAGUAUUUAUCAAACAGAAGCAUCCCUUCUCCCAUAGCAGCUUCUCCUCUUCAUCAAAAAGGCCUUUUCUUCACAAGGGACACGAGAUGGUCGAGCAUGCGCAACACGAUCCUCUCCCUCUACCAGCCAUCCCAUCUGGCCAAGCUGAUCCCAACAAUGCAAGGCGUGAUCGCCUCCGCCACCCAAGACCUCGACUCCGGGGACUUCACCUUCUCCGACCUCUCCCUCAAGCUAGCCACGGACGUGAUCGGGAGGGCUGCAUUUGGGGUGGAUUUCGGCCUCUCCAAGCCAGAAUCGCGCAGGCACCAUGAAGAUGGCCGCGUGCAAGACUUCAUCGACCAGCACGUCUACUCCACGAGCCAGCUCAAGAUGGACCUAUCCGGCUCGUUCUCAAUCAUACUAGGGUUGCUCGCCCCGGUUCUUCAAGAGCCCUUUCGCCAGCUCCUCAAGAGGAUCCCGGGCACCAUGGACUGGAAAGUGGAGCGAACCAACGGGGAGCUGAGCAGCCGUCUGGAUGAGAUCGUCCACAGCAGGAUGAAGAAGGCGAACGACGACCCCAGCUCGAAGGAUUUCUUGUCUCUUAUACUCAGAGCAAGAGAGUCAGAGACAGCUGCAAAGGAUGCCUUCACCUCUGAUUAUGUUAGUGCUGUCACCUAUGAGCAUCUCUUGGCAGGCUCUGCAACUACGUCGUUUACACUGUCUAGCAUCGUCUAUCUUGUCGCGUGCCACCCACACGUCGAGGUGAAGGUUCUAGAAGAGAUCGAUGCGUUUGGCCCUCCUCACCAGAUGCCUAGUGCCCAUGACCUUCAACACAGAUUCCCUUAUCUUGAUCAAGUCAUCAAAGAAGCAAUGAGAUUCUACACAGUUUCUCCCUUGGUUGCUAGAGAAACAUCAGCCCAAGUUAGCAUAGGAGGCUAUGACCUACCAAAGGGCACGUGGGUGUGGCUGGCACUCGGGGUUCUUGCAAAAGAUCCGGUGAACUUCCCAGAGCCGGAGAAGUUCAGGCCAGAGAGGUUCGACCCAGAGGGCGAAGAGGAGAGGAGGAGGCAUCCUUACGCCUACAUUCCCUUUGGGAUCGGCCCUCGUGCUUGCAUCGGGCAGAAGUUCUCAUUGCAAGAGAUCAAGCUCUCCAUGAUUCAUCUAUACAGGAAGUAUGUAUUCAGACACUCUCCUCUCAUGGAGAAUCCCCUGCAGCUCGACUACGGCUUAGUCCUUAACUUCAGACACGGUGUUAGGGUUCGUGCCAUCAGACGAGCAUGAAUGAUACGCGUAUAGAAGAUCAAAUAACCAUCUUUUUUCUUUUUUCCAUGGCAAAACUCAUAAACAAGUACUAUAUUACAGAAUGCAGAAGUGAAAUUUCAAACAA